AUGAGCCUCCCCCCCGCCCGAUCCGCCGCCGUCCAGAUAGUCCGCCCCCCCUCCCCCUCCUCGGAGAAGGCCAAGGACAGGGACAAGAAGCCCAGCCCCGAAAAGCGCGAUGCCCCGCAAAGAAUAUGUCGGAACGUGAUGAUCUACGGGCAUUGCAAAUACCAGGACUCAGGUUGUAUCUACUACCACCCGCCCCCCGGAGUGGACCCCACAGCGUCUCAGAAUGGCAGCCCCGUAGCUAAGAAUGCCUCGCCAUCUCCGGCCGCUCCAAAGCUGCUGUCCAAAGAUAAGGCAUCGGGCAUCAGCGCCGAACAUCUAGCAGCGCCCGUCUUCGUUCCCAAGUUUGAGAGUUCCUCUCCCAGGCUGGGAACCCCUGUGUCAGCUGCAGCGGCCACAUCGACUCCCCCGGCUUGGCCGCCGCUGCCGUCCCAAGGCGGUCUGUCUGGAUUACCGACUUUCCAGCCAGAUUCUGCCCCAUUCACGCCCCAAGCAUCCCUGCCUGUAACCCAGGCCCCCUCAAGUGCUGGGGUCACACCCAAUGCCAUGACUUACGACGAAUCUCUUUCGAUAAUUGACCCUAACGCUGGUUUGGAUCAGAGUGGGCUGUACCUCCAUCCGCGCCAGCCGCUGGACCAACACCUGUUCGCUUCAACUAUGCCUAGCUUGAGCAGCAACCCCCUGCAUCCUGCCCACCCACACGCAUUUUUCGUGGACGACGAGAUAAGGAGAACGCUACAGACGAGGCAGGAGGCUGUCUAUGUUGGGGCGAACGGGGGAUCUGCGCCGGGUCUGCCGCAGGAACUUGGUGUCUACCAUUCCUUGGUGCCUCUUCCUCUUACGUCGAAGAACCCAGUUUCCUCGGGGCAGAACCCUACCUCCAAAGUCUACGGUCUCUCCGCUCCAGUCUAUCGCGCUACGUCCGAAGUCGACGGGAGCACGUAUUGUUUGAGGAGAUUGGAAGGGUACAAGCUUGUGAGCGAGAUGGCUUUUGGGGCGAUCGACACCUGGCGGCGAAUGAGGCAUCCAAACAUUGUCGGCCUGAGAGAAGCCUUUACCACAAAAGGUUUCGGGGACAACUCUCUUGUGGUCGUAUAUGACUACCAUCCCAGCGCGACGUCUCUUCAUGACGAGUACAUCGCCACUGGCAUGUCAUCGCAAGACCCCACCAAGCGUCGAGGGCCCAUCCCCGAGAGAAUACUUUGGUCGUACAUCACUCAGAUCGCUAAUGCCCUGAAAGCGAUCCACAGCUCGGGGCUUGCAGUGCGACAUUUGGACGCGAGCAAGGUGUUGUUGACAGGCAAGAACAGGGUAAGAUUGAAUGGGUGUGGGCUGUGGGAUGUGCUGGCGUUUGACCAGCAGACGCCGAUCUCCGUUUUCCAGCAAGAAGACUUGAUGCAAUUCGGCAAACUCAUCGUAUCCCUUGCUUCGGACCUCUUCCAGCCCUCGAUGCCCCAGCAAUCUCUUCCCGCUGCCGUCGACCACAUCUCCCGCCAAUACUCUCCCGACAUGCGAGAUCUGGUAUUGUGGCUGAUAACCAAACCCCCAGGGUCGGGGUCUACUGGAAAGACGAUCGAUGAAGUGAUCAAAAUGAUGGGACCAAGAAUCUUGAAUGAGUUGGAUGCAAUGCAGAGCUAUACAGACACUUUAGAAAAUGAGCUUGGUUCCGAACUUUCCAAUGGCCGCAUUGCCCGCCUGCUCACCAAGUUGGGCUUCAUCAACGAGCGCGCCGAGUUUGAGCUCGACCCCAGGUGGUCCGAUACGGGCGACAGGUAUAUCUUGAAGCUGUUUAGAGAUUAUGUGUUCCAUUCCAUCGGGGUCGAUGGAAAGCCGAUACUUGAUUUGAGUCAUGUGCUUGUAUGUCUCAACAAGCUGGAUGCGGGACUGGACGAGAGAAUCAUGUUGGUGUCGAGAGAUGAUCAGAGUUGCCUAGUUGUGAGCUAUCGAGAGAUUAAGCACUGUAUUGAAGCUGCUUUCAAUGAACUGAGAAGUUCAAAUGACCCUCACCGGGUCCAUCGGUGA